UCCGGUCUGCCGGUGUCUUCCUGCUUCUCUGCGGAACUUUUUCCUCUGUUUCUCAUUAGGACAAGUUUUUACAAGAUACAAACCUGACAAACUGCUUCACUUUAUGGGACAACAGUUACCGACAGCAGCAGACACACAUCGGGCUUUAUGAUCCGACACAGAAAGAGGACAUUCAAUCUUCCGGGAGGUGUAUAGUUAUAGCUGCCAUAUCCUGAACCAUGGAGGACCAGAACAGACCUCAGCGUAAGAUGUCCACAGCAGGAGACAGUCUGUACAAGAUCCUGGAUCUGGAGAAAGGAGCGUCUCCAGAGGAGAUAAAGAAAGCGUACAGGAAAAUGGCGCUGAGGCAUCACCCGGAUAAAAACCCAGACAACCCGGAGGCUGCUGAAAAAUUCAAGGAAAUCAACAAUGCCAACUCCAUCCUCAGUGACGAGAACAAACGGAAGAUCUACGACGAGUACGGGUCCAUGGGGCUGUACGUCGCCGAGCAGUUCGGGGACGAGAGCGUCAAGUACUACUUCCUCAUGUCCAAGUGCUGGUUCAAGGCUCUGGUGGUGUGCUGCAGUAUCUUCACCUGCUGCUGCUGUCUCUGCUGCUGCUGCUUCUGCUGUGGGAAGUGCAAGACGGCCGAAGACGAGGAAAACUUUGUCUAUGUGGACCCAGAAGACCUCGAGGCGGAGAUCAGAGAUCAGGAUGCAGCAGGAGACCAUGUAAUAAUUAUUCAGCCGAGCCCUGGCCCUUCAGAAAACGCUGUCAACUCCUCAGGUGAGAAUGCACCCAUCGUGAUUCAGCCUCAAGCGACUAACGGCAUCAAGUGAGCGGCUGCAACCUCGACCACCAGCGACCGCUUUAGAGAGGAUGAGUAUAUAUUAUGAGGGGCUGAAACGCGAGGUCCAGCGGUGAUAAUGUGCCAUAUUCUCUGUUUAAAUACCAGUGGGUUUGUCUUUGAUCCCAUCUCAGUAAAGGUUGGGAAGUGUCUGGAUUGCAGGGACAAAAGCCAUGCAGAUCAAAGCUCUGGAAUAUAAUUUUGUGCACUUUAAUAUCUUACUUUCAUGUUUGAAAGCUGCCACGAUGGUCUGACGACACUUUGGCUGUCGAUAGCCGAGAUGUUUUAAUACUUUUUUAAUGCAAGAUGUUAUCUUAAAGCCACUCGAUGGAUUCAUAAACACAUGUCAUAGAAACAGGGCUGACUGAAACUAUGUCGUGUAUUGUGUUUGGAUGUCCUCUGUAAAUAAAUGAUGCUGACUUUAACACAGGAAUCAUUCAACAUUUUGGGAGAAACGCUUAUUCACAUUUUGGGUAAAAAUGUUGUCAUCGGACAAUUCAAAAUAAGGUGUUUUAUUGCAGAGUCUUUAAAAUACAGUUAGUUGACAACACGAAAGGCUCCUUAUUUGUCUCAUUUUUAGGCAUUAAAUUAGAUCAAAUCAUAACUCGGUAUGAGUAUAGAGCUGGGUCCGGGAUGUGGUUAGCCUAGCUUAGCAUAAUAAUGACUGCAAUGACCUCUGUCGUCACUAAGCGUUGAAGUUAUAAUCUGAGACGCUCUGCAAAGAGUUUCUGAGGGUUUGGAAAUCUUCUGCAACUCCCCUUGAAACCACGUUAGAAAAUAAAACAACACUUUUGUUUGGUGUUUUUCUGGAUUAAA